AUGUUUUCUUUAGAUUCUACUUGGUUUGCCUUUAAUCAAAGCUAUUUUCAGUUUGUGGCAACUCGAAUCACACAAGCAGAAGCAAGAAAAGUUUGUUUGGAAAAGAAAGGUGACCUGGCAUCCACAUCCAGCCAGGAAGAACAGACAUUUCUGUUUAAAACGUUUGUGGAAACAAAUUCUGCUGGUAAGUAAUGAUAAAUUCAAAAUGUCCGAUAAAUGGAAAAGUGAUAAAUCAAAAGUAAUCUGCGAUCGAUGUAGUUAUUUUGCUUAUUAUGUCAUGUAUAAUGGCCAAUUAGCUUCUGACUUCUAAAUAGAUCACACAGUUAACAAAAUCACUUGAAUGUUGAGAAGAAAUAUUAUUAGCUUCAGUUUCGGGUUCGCAAAUACCGCUAUCUAAGCUUCCGAUGUGAGUUUGAGCGUGAUUACUCAUUAUUUAUUCCAUGUUAUAAUUGUUUUCUAAUAUUGACUCCCGUUCACGAGUUAUUCAGUUACUCCAAAUUUUGUCAGGAAAACCAGGGGAGCAUGAAUAAUUUAUUGCUUGCAGGAACUCUGCUAUUUUAUUUAUUUUUCCGCAGUGGGACGUGCUAUCCAUGGAGUUAAUAAAAAUUUCAAUUUCUUAUAUCUGCAAGGCACGGGACAUGUAAAUCAGGACAAAUCUUUAUGCGGUUUGCAAACAUUGAUUAAACAUUAAUUUCUUUUGAAUUUUCAUCAUGAAUUAUUAAUGAGUAUUACUUUAGACAGUCAUGGCGGUUGAUUGUUUGAUUGAUUGAUUGAUUGAUUGAUUGAUUGAUUGAUUGUUUGAUUGAUUGAUAUAAGGUACGAGGCGAAGCAGAGUAUCUUUAUAUAGGUCUGAUAAAACACGCAUUGCGAAUGUUUUAAAUUUCUUCAAAAACAAUCGACCUAGGAAGUUCAUUGGCCAAGUAAUUUUCAAAAAUAAGUUGCGUAAGUCGAGAAAAUCAAAGUUAAAGUUGAUGUAAAUCAAGGGGAAAUAUUUAUCGCAUAUAAAGAUACGACACGCUUAUGAUUUUUGUGUUAUUUGGCGCGGAUAGCAUACGUGAAGAAAAACUCUCCCAACGUUACCACACCCUGGCAGAAUUUGCUUACGCAAGUAUAGUCAUGGGUAAAAUUUUGCUUAGCAAAUAGCUGUUAUCUGCGCCGGGCUUGCGACAACAUUAAGAGGUGUUUUAAAUGUCCGUUUAUUUGUUUAAUUGUGUUCGAAUGUUUGGUUAUUGUUUUAAUUCUAUAUCAUUAUGAUUCAGAUCUCAAAUGACGUACAAUUAAAUCCAGGUCCGGGUUCAUCACUUAAUUUUGCACAUUUAAAUGCUAGAAGCUUGAAUAUAAGAGUUGAGGAAUUGUCGUCAAUUAUUCUAGGCCAAGAUUUUGAUGUUGUUGUAUUAUCCGAAACGUGCAUGGUUGAAUAGUUAACCUGCACCAGUAGCACGAGAACGAACGAAUAUAUGCAGUUACUGUAUGCAAAUGUGUUUUGAUCAAAAGCUGAAAUCUGAUUGGAUUGCGUAAUUAAUCUCUUACGCAUCGGACGACUAAAGAAGAGAGCGAACCAAUAUGUACUAAUUAAAUAAACAAGAGUUAACUUGCAUGAUCAUGAGUCAUGACAUUUUUUUACAAAUUGAAAAGGCAAAGGGAAUAAAAAUAUAAAAUUAAGACAAGACGUAAAUGUAGUUAUUUGUACUAAAAAAAUUGACACCGUUGCAAUAAUACGCAUAUAGCAUUAUUAAGAACUGAAAACUGAAGCAUGGCUCCGAGACGAGUUAAUUAAUAAAUGUCAGACGCAUUAAUUAAUAAAUGAACAAUACAGACGAAUGGUCCAGUUUGGGAUAUUGUUAUAAAUGACAUCAGAUGAAUGUUUAUGAACAUGCCCGACAACGUGCAGGAGAUGUAUUAAGUUAAACAUAAGUACAGUUCUUGCUGUUAAGACAAGCAGGUCGUACGUAGAACGCACGAAAAAGCUGCCCAAUGGUGGCAAGUAAUGAGUUUAAUUAAAGCGUCGUUUCUCUCAUUGACAUUGGUAGACUCUUCCAUUGAUGCGUUAAUUACUGGCAAAUAUAUUAUAUAUCAUGAAGAAAGAGUUGAAGACAUUAUAGCUACAUAAAACUGUCAAAACGGAGAUUUCCUAACUUGUUUAUAGCUUAUAAUUUGUGUUCCGUGCCGCGGGUAGACUGUACUGCCGUUUCUAUCGCUGUAAAUAGCAAUGGUCAAUGUAUGUGUGAUUUAUUGCUGUGUUGAUUGCAUUUAGCCCUGAUCUAUAUUUACUGUAAUUUAAACAACAAACAAAAGUUUACCUGUAUUAUAAUUAGUUCAUCUCAUAGCCAAUAGAAAACGUCCAUGGCCGUCAAUCCUGGGGGGAAUGGGUGGGGGGGGGACACGUCCCCCAGUUUUUGGAGUGGGGGACGAAUAUCUAAUUAUCCCCCCCCCCCCACUUUUAAAUUUUGACAUGUUUAAUGAAAUUUUAUUUCUUGGUUAUCUAAAAACCUAAUGCAUGGUAUGCUAUUCAUCAAAAAUUGUGAUUGAAAGGAAGACAUUUAAUAAGAAGAAGUACAACGUAUGAUCAGUUCUGUAGUCGUUGGGAGCAAAUACUGACAUCACAUAUAUUAUGUAAAAUUGUAAAUACGUACUUAAAAAUAAUUGAGUUUUAACUGAGUUUCCCUUACAUAGAUGAUUAUCAUCAAAAUAAGGUUAAUUUAAGGUGGCUCGAUAUGGUUUUUAAAAAAAUGGAAAAUUCACGAUUUAUAUGCGUACAAUUAUUACUUGUUGAUAAACAAAAAAUGCCUUGCUUACAUAAAAAAAACAACUAGGGAGUUUGAAUUUUUGCACAAAAAUUACGCAACUGCCGUUGCUAUGGCAACAAUGACGUUUCAAAAUGGCGGAUAUUUUGGCUUUAAAGUAAUUUAACUCGUAAACGACAUCGGUGACCCCCAAUUUUAUUUUAAAAAAUUAUUUCUCUUAGUAUAAUCAAUUAUUUUGACAAUUUAAAAAAUUUCUGUGGAGCCAAUAAAUAUUAUUAUGAAUAAUCACCUUCAGCUCCGCAGACUUUUUUUAAAUUGUCAAAAUAAUUGAUUGUACUAAGAGAAAUCACUUUUUAAAAUAAAAUUUGGGGGUUACCGAUGUCGUUUACGAGUUAAAUUUCUUUAAAGCCAAAGUACUCGCUAUCUUGAAAUGUCAUUGUUGCCAUAGCAACGGCAGCUGCGUAACUUUUGUGCAAAAAUUCAAUCUCUUUAGAUGUACUUUUGUAUAAGUAAUUUACUUUUUAUAAUAGUUUUGUUUGUGGAAACACCACGUAAAUUUAUUACUGCAAAGCUUUCGAUCCGUAAGCCAGGAUCUUCAUCAGUGCUAAUAAUAUAUAUUAUUAGCACUGAUGAAGAUCCGAGCUUACGGUUUGAAAGCUUUGCAUGAAUAAUAAAUUUACGUGGUGUUUCCACAAACAAGACUAUUAUAUGUUUUAUCGCCAUGCAAACAUACAAAGAACUUACUAAGGUACUUUUUGUUUAUCAACAAGUAAUAAGCAUGUAAAUCGUGAAUUUCCCUUUUUUUAAAAACUGUAUUGAGCCACCUUAAUAGAUUAUUAGCAUUAAAAAAAGGGUGAGAACAUGUUAGGCUUCGUCGAGAGUGACGUCUGUCCACAGGCUAGGACAUUUUGGUUUUUAGCGGAUUUUUUCACAUGGUUAAACAUGGAUUUAAGAUCAUGCACAAUGUAAUAUAACUUUAUAAGUGCCUCCAAAACGCUGGGAAUGCCGUUUCAGUGUACCAAAAUUUAGAAAAAUAUUUCGGGUAGGAUACCUCCGGACCUUCCCAGUUUGGAGUCCGCCCACCCACCCCCACUUUUCGGGAUAGAUUGACGCCCUUGAAAACGUCUAUCAUACGAAUGAGUAUACGAUUCUGCCGUUCAGUUAAUGAGGCUAUUCGUUCGUUCUCGUGCUACGGUGUAGGUUAACUAUUGAGCGCAUUUCUAGUGGUGAAUUCACUAUUCAUGGUUACAUGGCCGUCCCUUUUUUAUACACAACUCUCUCGUAGUGAAACGUAGAAAGGACAUAGAAAUUAGCGGCAUAUGGAACUACUUUGGAUUGAGUUUAGGGUAAGCGAACAUUAUUUUUUAUGCGGUGCUUGUUAUCGUCCUCCAGACACGAACGUGCUUCUUUGAUAAAUUUCUAUGAUCAUUUUCAGCUUGUUCCCGACAGUAUACGAUUGUUACCUAAAAAAUAUAAUUUGGUGAUUCUAGAAGUCCCGAAUUCACAUUAUGAUAAAAAUAAAUCCUCAUGAGAGCACUAUACUGCAACAUUAAAAUUUAUUAGUUUUUAAUCGGCAAUAAUUUCACGUACACAAUUGAUUAAUAAGCAAACAGGAUUUAUCCGGCACCAUGCAAGCAGCACUUUUAGAUGUUUUGAUUACAAAUUGUACCAAGUAUUUUUAAUAAAACAGGAACUCGUAGUCCUCGUUAUGUGUGUGACAACUCGCUUAUCUUUGCUCAAAUGAAGUUUAGAAUUUCUAAACAAAAUGUUUUGAAAGAGAGAUUUGGGAUUUUAGUAAUGUAAAUACUUCUGCUCUAAAUGAUGCAUUACUAUUAAUUAAAAUUAUUGGGGGUCGCUUUUCGAUACUGUAUUUGAUAUUGACUAUGUUUAUGAUAUAUGGUUUAAAAUGGUUUAUGAUGUUGUCAAAAUAUAUGUAUCAUUAAAAUAUGUUGUCAUUCGACCGAGGGAUCAACCAUGGAUGAAUAGUGAAGUUCCCGAGCUAUUCGUUUAACGUGAUAGGUUAUAAAAUAUUCAUAAUAUUAGGCGCCUAAUAGUCUCCUACGCAGCCUGUUCGCGGGUCCGAGGUUUUCUCCCCACUAACAGGCUGCUUACUGCAGCAACACAUUCCAUUCCGAUUGUUUAGCCAAUCACAGCCCGAGUACCAAAAUCAGGAACUCGUUCGCGCUUAAAUUUAAUAUUACGAAACAAAGAUGGCGUCGUAUUAUCAAGCAUUGUAUGAAGUCGCCCAUUAUUUCGUAUUUCUACUUUCAACGAUCAUCAGAGGAAUGCGAUUCGAGCAAUAAUUAAAGAAAAAUGAGAUGCGUUUGUCAACACGCCUACUACAGGCUUCGAUAAAUCGAUUUGCCUCUCAUGUGAUGUGAUCGCCUGUUCCACGAAUAAUGCCAGAGCGGUAGUUCAUGGAAUACCAGAGCCCAGAGGCAUUGCUCUUUAAAAAUCAUUGACUAUUUAACUGCCUUAUUUAUGUUUCAGUACCACCAUUUUAAUAAUUUAUCAGAUUUCUUUAAAAAUUAUUUUGUGUGAAACAACAAAAUUCAUGAACAUAAGUCAUAACACUACGAAAAUGCUUCAAAACUUCACGAAUGUUAUGAAAGGACAAAUUUUUUUAAUUAUGUGAAACACAGUCUCUCGUAUAAAGGAGAUGAUAUAUCUCCAAAAGCAAAUUAAACAACACUUUGCUAUACACAAUUGACAAUUUAUACCAUAAGGCAUAAUAACUAUAAGACAUGCGAUAAAACAUCUGUAAGACUGUAUUAAAAAAUAUAUAUGUAAUACUUGAAUAAUAUAUAGCACUUUAGUUUAGUAUUUUGUUGGUCAUUGUUGCCAAGUCAUUGUAAAAAUUUAAAUGCAUCGCCAACUUUAGUAUUAAUUUAUAUACUGAUACGAACAUUGCCCUUACAGUAACUUCUUUUUCUCUGUUGUAAAUACAGACGUACAUAUUCUUCAAAACGUCUCAUUUUACAUAUUGUAUGUAUGACACUAUGAUGUCUAUGUGAUUUAAUAAUUAUUACAAAUGAACAGUAUUUAUAAAACCAGAAGCCUAAAAUCUAAAUAGAAAGUCUACGAAGAUGUCUAUAGUAGGUAUCUAGGCCAGAAUCGUUUAAAGAUAAAUUUUAAGUAACUUUUUUAUAUAUGGGGAAAAUUAAAUAAAAAUAUAUAAUAUAUAUAUAAGACCAUAUAAAUUUGUAAACACCUAUUUUGAACGACAAGUUGUCAAUUUCGAAUUACUGCAUGUAUUCAAAUUAACACGAAAUCAAAUAUAAAAAUAUUUAUAUACAUUUGCUAGUUAAAACUAUACUCUAUAGCAAUGUACUUAAUGAUACACCGCUUAAAUGCUACUCAUAUAUAGUUUUAGUUUUAAUUUAGACUUUCAAAAGUGCUCGGGAGUCGGGUUUUAUUUGAGCGCAUAAAAUCCGAACACUUUUGAAACCAUAAAAGUCUGAGAACUCGUAAUACCCGCGAGCACUUUUGCUUUACAGCAUAUUUUUUGUACAAGCCUAAAUAGCCUCCGUUAUAUAACCUCAGUCGAGCGAGAUUAUUUGAGAAGGAUACCCAACACCUCUAAACCCAACACAAUAGGCAAGGCGGUCGCGCUCAUUUUAUCAUUUCUUUGCUUGAGCAGCACUGAGCCACAUUACAUAGCUGCUCAAGACUGAAUUUCUUUAGAUCAUCCUCUCCAGUUUUUUUAACACAGUCGAGAGUUUCUUUCUAAAACACAAAUCGCUAACUUCCUGGGAAACGAUGUCAAGCACUUUCUGUGUAACCACCUUGCGGACGGGUUGCAUUUCAUAUUACUGCCCGGCUGCCGUAUAUAGAGGUCCAUACAGUAACGCUUUCCCCAAUGUAUUGUAGGUAUCACACACAGUUUUACUCACAGUUCCAAGGAGUAGGAACGAAAUAUGGGACGAUAAAAGCUGGGUCCAUGGAUUGUGUCUUUAAUAUUAAUAGUGUAACUUUCAGCCUCAACUAGACAACAGCCGUUUCAUAACAGACGUUUUUGCAAAUAAAUAAAUCGUUACUGUCAGAAUAUUGUUCACAUCAACAUUUUAUACUGAUACCUUGAUCAGAUCAGCUAUACCAAGGGCACUUCUCCCGUCAUACAGAAUAUAAACAAGUUGAUUAUUUCAAACAGGCGUGUAAUAUAUUUUAACAGCAGUAAACACUGAGAUAUAUUAAUUAGUCACUACUGAAUUUGGCGGGAAGCAUACGUCAUGCCGUUUCCUGAUUGGUCAAGUUGAAACAAUCGGAAUGGAAUGUGUUGCUGCAGUAAGCAGCCUGUUAGUGGGGAGAAAACCUCGGACCCGCGAACAGGCUGCGUAGGAGACUAGGCGCCUAAGCGAUCAGUUUAUUCUUGGGAAUCCUACAGAAGGCGACGUAAUUUUACAACGAACCUAAUUGUAGGCCAGCAAAACAAUUUUAUUACCAUAAGUUAAAUAAAGUAUUAUUAUUCUUUAUAUAAAGAAUAGUAUAGCAUACUUAUUAGUAUUCUUUAUAUAAAGAAUACUAAUAAGGACACGACUACAAUAGAUACUGCCUUAUUGGUAUUCUUUAUAUAAAGAAUACUAAUUAGGAGUGUUUUAUCAGGCUUAAAACCAUUGCAUGUGACAUAUUAUGGUUGAUAUGGUUUUCCAAUAAGCUUAUGAAUUAUUAAUGAGUGUUUGAACUGUCUUUAAUUAUUAAACAUAGAUAAAAUAAUUUAUUGCAUUCUUUAAAAUACAACCGUUUCUUUGAUUUUUCAUUAAGCAGAUGAGUUUCUAUUUCACAUGCUAAAUUACAAUUAGGUUCUCGAAUGUGCUCUUAAUAUAGUGUCUAUUAAUUGUGCAGCCUCUCCUAUUUGUGUGUGUACUGUGUAAGCAAAGGAAAAGAAACUGUAAAACAUUACCUACUUGAAUGUCCCCGUUAUGCUACUCUGCGUGCGACUUUGCUUAUCUCUGCUGCACGGCUUUUUGGGCAAUCGUGGUUGAAGUGCAGCGACACUGUAAAGAUAAACUGUGUUUUAAAUUGACUUGAAGUUUUGAAUUAUGAAAACACAUGUCGUUUUGCAGCAUCCGCCUUUGAUGUUUAAUAUUCUUUCUAUAUUAAUAUUCUAUUUUGUGUGAGUAUAUGUCAGUGUACCAUUUGCGUAUGUCGUGUGUUUAAAUGUUAUAUAUGUGGUGAUGUAAGCCCCCCUCCCAUAAGCAGUUUGCUUCUAGGGUAAACAUAUGAGUGAACAUCAAAUAAUAAAUAUUUAAAUAAAAAAAGUGUUAGUUAUUAACAUGUUGGUAACUAUUUCCUGUAUCUAUUUCAAUUUUAGCAGGUGAUAAGGUAUUUGUUGGCCUUAACGACAUUGCUGAAGAAGACACGUUUGUUUGGACAGAUGGUUCUCCAAACGUUUAUGCGAAGUUUCUUAAUGGUCAGCCUGAUAACUGGGGGAAUAAUGAAGACUGUGUUAUUAUACCAAAGCCUAAUAAUGGAGAUUAUAGAGACGACCCCUGUGAUGCCACACUUACGUUCAUUUGUGAGACAAAUUAUGAGUCUCUUUAUAAAGCAUAAAGUAAAUGUUUACAAUAAAUGCUGCUUUUCAGUUGAGCCUCCUCUUUACAAAUAACAUAUUUCUGAAAUCCUUGGUAAUAGCGAUGAAAAGUUGAAAAAGUCGGUUGUUUGCUUUUGGUUGUUUGUUGUUUUUUUUGUCUUUUUAGUUUUAAAAAAUUAUAAAUCCCUUCUUCUUAACAGUCAGCUAUAAUAGGAAGCAUUCCAAAUAAACUCAUUACCCAUAUAGUAGUUCAAUAUUAAUUAUGGACCCAACAAAGAAACACAAGAACUUAUAAUAAUCACUUGUAUAUUUUCAAACAAUCGGAAUAUAAUAUUAUACAUUUUAUAAAAUACAGUUAGAAACCUUAAUAUACUUCUGCAUCAGUUGUACCGUUCAAUUUUCCUAUUAACUUCAUAAUGGUAGUGGCGAACUCGAACCACUACGCACUCUUCGUUUGUAACAUACUUUUUUGUAAUUUAAUGUAAAUAUAUGUAUGGUAUAUUAAUAAUAAUAAUAAUAAUAAUAAUAAUAAUAAUAGACUUUAUUUAAAGAAGGUAUUACAAAAACCAGUUUAGCAAAGCUAAUCUUACACUGGGCCUUCAAAUAUUAAUAAUAAAUAUCUUUGUAAGCAGAAAUGAGU